GGGGGUGCGCGGUGCGCUCGUCGAUACAGCCGUCUUGGGUUGAAAAACAAAAAGAGCGGCAAUAAAGGAAGUUCGCUGGAAGAAUUACCCGUGGCGCCGGUGCACCCUUCGGCAGGCGUCGCAGUACGAGGUAAAACACCAGCAGCAGUGCUGCGCGCAAACAAAUGCGCCGCUAAGCCUUGCCCGGAGGACGCGCUAACGCCCCUGCGAAGCGCGCUUCCACCCAAGGAACGGGUGCUGCGGCGAAGCCGACCUCCUGCCGCACAACAUGUUGGAGCCGUCGUCGUCGGAAGACGAAGGCGGCAGCGACAACGAACCGGUCGAGGAUGAGGUCUCGUCGGAGGCGGCCGCCGUGGUUCUCGAGCUGCCGCGCAGCGUGAGCGCCUCUCGGAGCCUGUCGCCGGCCGCCGAAGCGUCGCCGUCGGCCCAGUCGCGCUCCAACAGUCUGGCGCGGCCGUCCAGCCCGAGCCCGUCGCUGGUGAGCGAGAAAGACGAGACCGCCGAGCGAGAGGAGGAGCUGCGCAAGAAAGGCUCCAUGUACGUGUUCGUGCUCAGAUGCGUCGCGUAUCCGUUCAACGCCAAGCAGCCGACCGACAUGACCCGACGUCAGACCAAGAUCACCAAGCAGCAGCUGGACACUAUCCAGGCCAGAUUCCAGGCAUUCCUCAAAGGGGAGACGCAGAUAGCGGCGGACGAGGCAUUCCAGAAUGCGGUGCACAGCUACGUGGAAGUGUUCCUCAAAAGUGAACGAGUCCAGCGCAUGGUGGCCAGUGGGGCCUGCUCCGCGCACGAUUUUCGCGAGGUCUUCCGUGCCAACGUUGACAAGCGUGUGCGCAGCCUGCCUGAAAUGGAUGGUCUCUCCAAGGAGACCGUCUUGGGUUCCUGGAUGACCAAGUUUGACGCCAUCUUUCGCGGGGAUGAAGACACCCGCAGCCGAACGCAGCAGGGUCGUGCGGGCACCCUGCUACCACACGGCCUGGCCUCUGAGCUGCUGCUGUCCAAAGAACAGCUGUACGAGAUGUUUCAGGGGGUGCUCAACAUCAAAAAGUUUGAGCACCAGCUACUCUACAAUGCUCUACAGUUGGAUUCCGCUGAUGAGCAGGCUGCUGCCAUCCGGAGGGAACUGGACGGCCGCGUGCAGAAAGUGAACGAGAUGGAGAAGAACCGCAAACUGAUGCCCAAGUUUGUGCUCAAGGAGAUGGAGAGCCUGCACGUUGAGGAGCUGCGCUCAUCUAUCAACCAACUGAUGCUGAACUUAGAAAGCCUUCCCGUCUCUAAAGGAAGCGCCGAGAGCAAGUAUGGCCUCCAGAAGCUGAAGCGCUACAACCACAGCCGACAAAGCGCAACCCAGGUGGAAGUGAUGCGUGACUGCUUGACGAAGUACCUGCAGGCACCGCUCUGGAUGGUCGUCUAUGAUGCUGUGCUGCUUGCAUGUUCUGCUACGAGCCAGGCCUCCCUUUCGAAAGAAGGUCUGGCAGAGGACACUGAGACGACCUUGUCAAAACUGGACAUUGUGCUCUCGUUCACACUCGAGGUGGUGGUGAUGGAGGUGAAAGGGCUUAAGUCGUUGGCUCCGAACCGCAUCGUCUACUGCACCAUGGAGGUGGAGGGGGGUGAGAAGCUGCAGACGGACCACGCUGAGGCCUCCAAGCCAAUGUGGGACACCCAGGGGGACUUCACCACGGGACAGCCGCUGCCUUUGGUCAAGGUGAAGCUGUACACCGAGAGCCCGGGCUUGCUGUCCCUGGACGACAAGGAGCUGGGCAAAGUGCUGUUGCACCCAAACCCCCUGAGCACCAAGGCACCUGAGUGGUACCGCAUGGUGGUGCCCAAGAACGCCCAGGAUCAGGACCUGCGCAUCAAGAUCGCCCUGCGGAUGGACAAGCCCCAGAACAUGAAGCACUGCGGCUACCUGUAUGCACAAGGCAAGCAAGUGUGGAAGAAGUGGAAGAAGCGCUACUUUGUUCUCGUCCAAGUUUCACAGUACACGUUUGCCAUGUGUAGCUUCAGAGAAAAAACAUCCGUGCCCACUGAGCUGCUUCAACUGGAUGGCUACACAGUCGACUACACGGAGGCACUCACAGAGCUGGAGGGUGGCCGCUUCUUCUUCAAUGCUGUGCGGGAAGGGGACAGCGUGGCUUUUGCGAGUGAGGAUGAAAACGAGUGCCACCUCUGGGUAAUGGCCAUGUACCGGGCCACGGGCCAGUCGCACAAGCCCACACCCCUCAUCCAGCCACUGGCCAGCAAGAACUCCACCAUUUCACGAAUGCAAGGGGACACGGAGCGGGCGCGCAAGCACGGUAUGGACGAGUUCAUCUCGGCCGACCCAAACCGCUUCGACCACCACGGCCUGUUCCGCAUGCUGCAGACUCUGACCCUGGACUACCGACUGGGCGACCCCUACUGCUCCCUGGGUUGGUUUAGCCCUGGCCAGGUGUUUGUGCUGGACGAGUAUGCAGCGCGCUACUGCGUGCGCAGCUGCUUCCGCCACCUAUGCUACCUGCAGGACCUGCUCACUCGUGCCGAGAAGGGCCUCAUGAUUGACCCCACACUCAUACACUAUAGCUUCGCCUUCUGCUCCUCACACGUCCACGGAAACAGGCCAGAUGGCAUCGGAACCGUCACUGUCGAGGAGAAGGACAUGUUCGCUCAGGUCAGGGAGCGAUUGCGCAUUCUUCUGGAGCACCAGAUUACCCACUUCCGAUACUGUUUUCCCUUCGGGAGGCCGGAGGGUGCCCUCAAGGCCACUUUGUCCCUGCUAGAAAGGGUGUUGAUGAAGGACGUGAUGACUCCAGCACCUCCUGAGGAGGUGCGUGCCAUCAUUAAAAAGUGCCUGGAGAAUGCGGCCCUCGUCAACUAUACCCGCAUCUCAGAGCAGGCCAAGCUCCAAGGACACUACCAGGGAGCUGCACAGCUGCAAGACCAGGAUUAUCACUCGGGUCUUGAGGAGCCUUCCAACCGGAAGCUGAAAGAGCUGAUUCAUCUGGCUGAACUGUGUGUGGACCUGCUUCAGCAGAACAACGAGCACUACUCCGAGGCGUUUGCGUGGUUCAGCGACCUGCUGGUGGAACAUGCCGAGAUCUUCUGGUCGCUGUUCGCGGUUGACAUGGACGCGGUGCUCGCGGAGCAACCGCCUGACACCUGGGAUAGCUUCCCUCUGCUGCAAGUGCUCAAUGAUUACCUGCGCAUUGAUGAGAACCUGUGUGGAGGCCGCUUCCACCAGCAUCUGCGAGACACAUUUGCCCCUCAAGUUGUUCGCUAUGUGGACCUCAUGGAGUCCUCUAUCGCCCAGUCGUUACACAAGGGAUUUGAAAAGGAGCACUGGGAAAUCAAAGGCAAUGGUUGCCCAUCAUCUGAGGAGUUGUUCUGGAAGCUGGACGCUCUGCAGUGUUUCAUUCGAGACUUACACUGGCCCGACGAGGUGUUUGCCAAGCACCUUGAGCAGCGGCUAAAGCUCAUGGCCUGCGACAUGGUGGAGUCUUGUGUUACUAGGACGCUGCAGGCAUUCCAGCAGCUGCAGAAAAAGAGUAAGUGGAACACGACCGACUACAUCGUGCCCUCGGAGAUGUGCGCCAUGAUAAACGUGGUACUCGAGGCGCGCAUUCAGUCGCUGAAGCUCUGCACCGUCGACGGGGCUGACGUGCACCAGUACCACAGCAAAAUUGAUGGCCUUGUCGAUGGAACUCUUCAGGAGAUGCAGACAGGACUCAUUACAAAGCUGACCAGCAUGCUGGAAGUUACCUUGACGAAGCUGUCCCGCUACGACGAAGGCAGUCUGCUGGCACCGAUCCUCUCCCUCACGUACCGGCAAGGCAUGUCCAGUUCAGGCAAGGAAGUGGGCCAGCAGUACAUCAACUCUGUGCGCAACAGCAUGGAGCAGCUACGACAAAAGGUCAGCGACGAGCUCUGGGUGCUCGCCCUGUUUGAGCAAUGGUAUGCUGCCCAAAUGAGCUUGCUGUGUUCUUGGCUUUCGGAGCGCCUGGAUCACGGACUCCACUCAAUCCAGCUAUCGGCACUACUCCACAUUGCUCGGAAGCUGUACUCUGAUUUCGAGCUACAAGGCAUUGAGGAGGAGAAACUCAACUCGAAGGUGUACCAAACUGUCUGCAGUCGACUGCAGUUAGAGGAAGCAGCUGCCUCAGUAUCGGAUGCCAAUAGCCGUGAGAAGGAUGACUCAGAGGACUACCCAGAAACGGGGACUGAAAGCGAGGCCUCACCGCGACGCAAAAUCGUGGCCUCGCUCGCAGGCGAUGGCGCCGAAGGUUAUGUUCGCAGCAUCCAGAACGUCACGCAGUCCGUCACUGAGCACCUGUCGUCGCUCAAGCGCAACGUGGGUGGCAUGGCGAGCAAGUUCGGCUUCUUCAACCUGUGAACACUUCCUCGUGACAUGCGAUUUGGUCAGGGCUGGCCGCCGCUUGUGCGCGCUGUUCGACCACCAGCGGCUAAAGCAAUGUCUUCCAGUGCGGAUGGGCCGCCUCAUGUGACCAACAUUUAGCUGCUGCUGCAGUGCGCUUAGGUUAGGGCAGCACACCGAUUGCACGUUGUCAGUGGCCGUGCACGAACCUAUGCAAGGUGGGGGCAGCCCCUGCAUUAGUUUGCACUGAGAGCAGUGCACGUAACGGUAAGGUGAACUGGGUAGUGAUCACACUGCCGCACUUUGCUUGCUUCGUCGCUGAGGCUGUACCGCACCGUAUACUUUGUCUAGUACACUGUCGACGAGGGACGCGAUCCAAACAACGAACAUUAUUUUUUUCACAUCUCCACAAUAGCCAAGGAGUGUACAUUUGCUCACUUCUGAGUUCAAGCGUAGCAUGUAAGCAGCUUACUUGCACAUUCCCUCUAACCAGUGUGCAAAUGAGGCGUACAGUAUGGCUGAAUAUUUGUGCUCCUCUCUUGCAUCGGGUAGCCUAGUCACAACACUUUUAGUGUUAUGGUUCAGUUAGUGCAAGAGGCAGUAUCGUCUUUUGUUGUCCUGGCGGGUCUGUGAGUGCCCACUUUCUAGAACACGACAAAGAAGCUGCUUUCCUUCAAGAAUGACAUUCUUGCACAACCGCUGUUUUCCGUGUUCUAUUGAAUUUUCUCAUUGGUGUGUCGCGUGCAAAUUAUGUGAACGCGAAAUCAGUGCAAGCACACAAGGAUAGCAGUAUGUGUUCUUUUGCCUCUUUUUAAUAUAGCUCUUUCAAGGGAAUCUUGUUGAUGUCAUUAAUUUUAUGAUCAAUUUUAGUGCAUACUAAACUAAUGCACAUACUUAAGUGUAAUUAUCCCAGCCACUUGACCCUCAUGUUGCAAACUGUAAUUUGUUCCAACUAUGUAAAUGUAAAUACUUGCAUUGGCUGUUUAACUGACUAAGCCUUGCAUAACAUGAAACAAAAUAAUUUUAGUAAAUGAGACAACUUAUUAUGAUGCUUGUGUCUUUUGCACACUUUCCGCUUCUCUUCAGAAUGAGCUGGCAGCAGUAUUUGAAUGAUAUGAUUGCGAUCAGAAUAACAAUGCGGGCCUUUUUGCUCACGUAGCUGCACAUCAGUCAUAACUAAAUAGCACAGCAGGCAAGGUGAAGAAAUCAGGGAGAACACCGCACCAUACUUCAACUAAGCAUUUAUUCGUAGAAUGGCAAGAUGAGGGGCAACCCGGAAAACAUCACUCUCGAAACACCCCCCUAUCACCGCUAAUCUUCUUGCGCAUGCCGUGUACUCGUGCCUUUGUAUAACGAAAUGGUUCCCUGCGCAGAUUAAGGUAUGCGCAUUUUUUUAUUGGUGAGAGCCACACCCACGGGGCACUGUAGCAAUCGGCCAAGUUCCCGUUGACCAAAUUCUACACAGGGACACAUGCACGGCUCGAUCCUACAGGGGACGAGCAGCUUCAUUCUACUGAGUCAAGUGGCAUCUGCCAUUGGGGCGGUGAACUCAGUGACGCUACGGUUUGACGGCCCUCUCCCAUUAGAGCAUGUGAGCCUCUUCAAGCUGUAAUUAUGGGUGCACCAUAUCAGGCCGUGCCCAUUGCAACGCCUGCAGUGCGGUCGUCUGUAAUGGGAGCCAUCCCUCACCAGACUCUGGGGCUGCAGCGCCCAAGCUCUAUGUGUAAGGUGCGGUCGCUACAUCAUCAUCAUCAUCAUCAUCAGCCUGACUAUGUCCACUGCAGGACAAAGGCCUCUGCCAUGUUCCACCAGUUGACCCGGUCCUGUGCUUGCUGCUGCCAAUUUACAUCAGCAAACUUCUUAAUCUUAUCUGCCCACCUAACCUUCUGUCUCCCCCUAACCUUCUUGCCUUCUCUAGCAAUCCAGUCAGUUACACUUAAUGACCAGCCGUUAUCCUGCCUACGUGCUAAAUGCCUGGUUCAUGUCCAUUUCCUCUUCUUGAUUUCAACUAUGAUAUCCUUAACCCCCGUUUGUUCCCUAAUCCACUCUGCUGUCUUCUUGUCUUUUAAGGUUACACCUACCAUUUUUCUUUCCAUUGCUCGCGGCGUCGUCCUCAAUUUAAGCUGAACCCUCUUUGCAAGUCUCCAGGUUUCUGCUCCGUAGCCGAGUACCGGCAAGAUACAGCUGUUAUAUACUUUCCUCUUGAGGGAUAGUGGCAAUCUACCUGUCAUAAUUUGAGAGUGCUUGCCAAAUGUGCUUCACCCCAUUUUCACCACUAACCAGGAGGAGAACCACCCCACUUUUCAGGCCCUCCUGCUGCCAGCAAAGCCAUCAGCAUGCCCUGGUUGCCUUUAAUGCACUACGUCCUGUACCAUCACUUGUCAACCAUCCCAAUCGUGUUUCCAAAGCAUCCCCUGUUGCUGUGAGGCAGUCUGCUGAGCCCGUGGCGACACUGCAAUGUGAUCCGCGAUACGCCAUCGCUGACGUGUCGAUGAACUGCUUCCACCGGACAGUCCACUGAAGGCCUCCAGUCAUUAUAGCUAUCUGGCACGAGCCCAGCCGCCGCCCAUGUGUUGUUCACCUAUCCACGGCUGCAUAGAAGGAGCUCCUCUCCCUUGCCCACCACCCCACCCAGGUCUUCAAGGCAUUUCUUCACGUCUUUUAUAGACACUGGUCUGUAGAAACCACCAGCUGCAUCAUCUAUCAUGGAUGCCACACUCUUCUUUUCCUCUCCUCUUUCCAUCUUUACUUCCCUCUCGAUCAUUCCACUGCAGACGCUCAGUGCCUGCUGUCAUUGAGAGUUGAAGAAGUAACGUCUUUUCAUCUCCUCAACAUCUCCUCUUCCUCCUUCACUUGGCUUCAUCUGACUACUUUCCGUGUUUGCAAGCGAUUAGCCCCUCCGUGGUCCUUUAUCAUGGGGCCAGUUUAUUUUAAUUGGUUUCACUGCAUUUUCUGUACGUUCUUCUUUUUACAUUUGGCUAUGUCCUUGUUCUGCUUUGUUUUCUUUGUGGCAUGUGCUUUUCAAGAGCGCAUGCACUCUGUAAACGUUCGCCACAUUGAGACUAUAGGAAACCAAAGCUCAAGUUUGUGGAGCGACGACAAUGCCGCGCCUGGCUCUGGCAGUGAGCUCCGGAAAACUUGAGGAUAGGCAUGAAAGAGGGCGCAGGCGAGUUUGUGUGUUUUGCCUAAAUGGGAGUACGUGCAACACACGCAGAAGUUGAUCCGUUGAACUUCAAUGCCGUCUCGUCAGCUUGGCACUUAAACGAGACGCUCGCUGCGCGCUUUCAGCAAUGGAAGAAGCGAUCCCACAGAAGCGUCAGCGAAAUUCGAAGUAUUGGUGUGGGCUGCCACAAUAAUGCAGACAACACCAAGGGACGUUCUCCAUGUGUAAAGCUAUAUCAGUUUUCCACCAAGGCACAGCCAGCGAACACAGUCGCAUUCAUGAAAGAUAGAACAAGCCUGACACCAGAGCCGGAAAAAAAAAAACGAGGCGAAUGCUUCAACUUCACUCGCUGUGGUUAAAGCUCAGCUUGCUGCUUCGUGGAGAGGUCAGUGAGUCAUGCUCCCGCGGCAUGAAGGACAUGGCUCUAAAACUUCUCGGACAUUUCAAUGCCAUGACCGUAUAACUUUAGUUUUUAUUUUUGUAGCACGCCGCAAACGUUUGCACGUGACAUUACCCAGCUGCUACUGCUAGAUACCACAUCAAAACAACAAUUGUAUGGUUUUUCAAUAAAGUCAACGCAGCACAUCGAUAGAGUAGGCGGCUUCAUGUCGGCAGAAUGUCACUUACUUCGAGGCAUACGAAGAUUGAUAUAUGGGGUUUGAUGUCCCAAAACUACCAUAUGAUUAUGAGAGGCACCGUAGAGGAAGGCUCAGGAAACUUCAACCAUCUGGGGUUCUUUAACGUGCGCCCAAAUCUGAGCUCAUGGGCCUACAGCAUUUUCGACUCCAUCGAAAAUGCAGCCGCCGCAGCCGGGAUUCGAUCCCACGACCUGCGGGUCAGCAGCCGAGUACCUUAGCCACUAGACCACCGCGGCGGGGCAAGAGGCAUACGUCGUACACAGUAUUGUCACGAACCUGAGAAAUGCAUUUCGCAGUGACUUUGGUGUCUUCGUCUUCCGUCGUCUGCUCCACAUCAUAAACUUGACUAACGAGCUUUGCUCCUUUUGUUAGAGUCACUUCUCAAAAGUGCUUGUCAGCUCUGAAAUCUUUAUGAAGCCCCACUGCAGGCUGUACAUUAAGAGGUGACUCGAACUCACUGCGCGCUCUCUGUGCGAGCACAUAAGCGAGCAACAGCGUAUUGGCGGGAAGGGAAGACACGCAAUAUACAUCCGCGACUUGUACUUUUCUACCAGAGAUGGCAUUGCCUGUCCAGAGUCGCAGCGCCACCUUGCGUUGCUUCGGCUUCCUAUAAGACCCGGAAAACGUUCAAGAACUUCACAUUAAAAAACGGUUCAUUAUCAUCGUUAUCAACCUGACUACGCCCACUGCGAGGCAAAGGCCUCUCUCAUGUUCCGCCAGUUAACCCUUUCCUGUGCUUUUAAACAAUAUUACAGCAUAUGGGUGCUUAAAUGCGUUGCUGGCUCUCGCCAAAAAGAAAGUGCAUACAUUCAAGAAAGUUUAUGCACAGAACCAUUUAGUCAGAUGCGGUAUAAGGAGGUUGUUUAGGCAAUGCAAAAAGUUGAAGUGGCUUUAGGGGGCGUCUUUAGAGACUUGUUUUUUCUUCAUCUUGCACAGCUUCUUGCACAAUUUGUGAAUUAUUGUACUUCAAGUCGUGUCCAGUCUGUUCUUUUUAGCGCUAAUUAGUUAUGCCGGCUCUUAGCAGCCAUCUCAGCUUUGAAAAGUUCGGGUGCUUUUGGUUUACUCCACUGCUUGAUUAGAUAUGACAAGUGUCAGCUUGCGGGCACACUAUGAAUGAUGGCGCAAGCAAGACUCCCUGUGCGUGUGGACAAUUCAUGCUGUUAUUUUAGCCGAAAUUGCACGAUUUGCAUUGUUUUAUUUAACCCACAAUUCACCUUGAGUGGGCUGCUCAGGCAAUUCAGGCCACUGUACAUGUAGCUUUCGGGAGAGUUUCGUUGUCAGAUAUCAUUUUCUUGUGGUAAUACUUGUCACGAGUUUGGUGACCAAUGUUUUAUUUCAGCAUCUUGCGAGGUCAUAGUUUGUUCAUAAUGAUGUAAAUCAAUUUACUAGUGUGAUUAUACAAGUUAAGUGGAUGUAUAAUAAUGUUUCGUCAUAAGAUAGCAAAGUUCAAAUAAGGUUCCUUCUUUUCUGUGCGCAUAACUUGGGCUAGCUGCUGGAAAAACGGAUCAGGACUGUGCUGUGUUCGUCCUCAUCCGUUUUUAGGGCUCUUUUUUCAUGUCAUCUUGUCUUUCAAUAACAGCUUAUCAUUUAAAUUUUUGUUGUCACGAGCAUUUACUCAAUGUGAACUUGUAAUAAAUGCUGAACUCUCCGAGAA